CCCCAUCUGCUUUGAUAUGAUUGAAGAAGCUUACAUGACAAAAUGUGGACACAGUUUCUGUUACAAAUGUAUUCAUCAAAGCCUAGAAGAUAACAAUAGAUGUCCCAAAUGUAAUUACGUUGUGGAUAACAUUGAUCAUCUAUAUCCCAACUUUUUAGUGAAUGAGCUCAUCCUUAAACAGAAGCAAAGAUUUGAGGAAAAGAGAUUCAAAUUGGACCAUUCAAAUGGGCACAGGUGGCAAAUAUUUCAAGAUUUGUUGGGAACAGACCAAGACAAUCUUGAUUUGGCCAAUGUUAACUUAAUGUUGGAACUUCUGGUGCAGAAGAAAAAACAACUGGAGGCAGAGUCUCAUGCUGCCCAGCUACAGAUUUUGAUGGAAUUCCUCAAGGUUGCCAGGAGAAAUAAGAGAGAGUAGCAUUAUUGAUUCUACAGAAUAUAGCCAACCUUCUGGAUUUAGUGGCAGUUCCCAGACUAAGAAACAGCCGUGGUAUAAUAGUACCUUGGCUUCAAGGAGGAAAAGACUUACAGCUCAUUUUGAAGAUUUGGAACAAUGCUACUUUUCUACCAGGAUGACCCGUCUAUCAGAUGAUAGUAGAACCUCAAACCAGCUGGAUGAAUUUCAAGAGUGCCUGUUUAAGUUUACUCGCUACAAUUCUGUUCGACCUUUGGCAACACUGUCUUAUGCAAGUGAUCUCUACAACGGAUCUAGCAUAGUCUCAAGUAUUGAAUUUGAUCGAGACUGUGACUAUUUUGCUAUUGCGGGAGUCACAAAGAAGAUUAAAGUCUAUGAAUAUGGCACAGUCAUUCAGGAUGCAGUUGAUAUUCAUUAUCCAGAAAAUGAAAUGACAUGUAAUUCCAAAAUCAGCUGUAUCAGCUGGAGUAGUUACCACAAAAACCUUUUGGCCAGCAGUGACUAUGAAGGAACAGUGAUCUUAUGGGAUGGAUUCACAGGUCAACGUUCAAAGGUCUAUCAGGGUUGCUCGAUCUACCAGUCUGAUGAGUGA